UCUAAAGUUGUUAGUAGUAUUGAUGUCAUUGUACAUCUUUGUUCUAAGUCCAAGCAAAAUCAUAUCGAGAAACAGGAGAUUCUAAUAUGGAAGAUAACACUGCAAAGGAUCUAUUCAGCAAUUUACCAAAUGAAAUUCUGAGGCACAUUGUUUCAUUUCUUCCAAAUGAAUCUGCAAUUGAAACCAUCUUUCUCUCUACAAGGUGGAGGAACCUGUGGAGUGAAGCUCUUGUUAGACAUGGAACUAAAGAAAACAUCACUCAGGUGGUUGCUGGAUUUCUACAGCGUUUUGAGGAGCUUGAUCCAUUGAAGCAUCCAAGGAAGCUUCAAUUUCACUUUGGUGAAGAUAGAAUAGUCAUGGCAACAAUUGCAAACAACAGUAAGCUUUUUUUGGAUUUCUCCCCUUGGAAGAAAGAGCUUAUUGAAAUUCAAUAUGAAUUGCAGUUCAAGCUCAGUAAAAUGCAAUCUUUUACCUCCAACAUCUCAGUGAAAACUCUCUAUUUGAAGUCAAUAAGCUAUUUGACAAGUGGGGUAGCUUCCACCAUCAUUUCAAAUUUAGAGCAUCUUGAGAAUUUGGUCAUUAUUGAGUGUAGUGGGUUGCAAUCUUUGAGCAUUGACUCUGCAUCAGAGCUGCAAAAGUUAACCAUCCGGGAUUGCUUACAAUUGAAGUCUCUUCACCUUAGAACUUCCAAACUCAAAUCUUUUCAAAUAAGUGGACCGCUUCCUUUGAUUAGGCCUGAGUACCAUUUCAACCUGAGUGAUGCCAUGCUUGAUUUUAGACUGGGACCAAGCUGCAGAAAUUUCAAGACUAGGGAUUUUGAUGCAACUCUAUUGACUAUAAAGAACUCUCAAGUUCUCACACUUUGUAAAUGGACUUUUGAGGAAUUAAUAUGGCCAUCAGUUUCUCCUAUAGCUGGAAGUUUCAAAUUCUAUAAAUUAAGAGAAUUAUGGUGGAUUGACAGUUAUAAGGAUGAAUAUAACAUGGAUGCCUUAUUCUGCUUCUUGAAACUAUGCCCUGCCUUGGAGCAACUUUUUGUGACGAUUGAUCCUGAAAGUUAUUGGACUGAAAGCACUAAUUCAUGUUUGAUGCAAACAACCAAAUGUGUAGAAUUGAAGCAUCUAAAACUGGUAAAGUUAAUGGGAUUUACAUGCAGAAAAGAUGAAAUCUCAUUGGCAAAAUGUUUAAGUCAUCUAAUCAAGGGAAAGCCUCCAAAGAUAAACACAUCUGAUGGGAAUUGCUGGGAUGCAGAGUUUGUGCAGUGAUUAGUUUUCUUAUAUCAGCCAUAACAAACUAAGGACUUCCUCCAAUAUCUAGGGAAGGAAAACUAUAAACAUGUCUCAAGCACGUAGGCAAGGUAUUACAACUAAAUUUGUAUGAUGUUAUAAUUUAUUUCUCUUUCCUUACAAUAAAUUUGAGGGGGAAACGUCUAUUGAUCUAAUCUGGUCUGUUAGAAUAUAAUAUAAAAUCAUUAAAGUGACCCUUACCCAACAGCUUAAGCUUUUGGGAUUAAGUGGUUAUUUGACAUGGUAUCAGAGCCUCUAUGACCGAGAGGUCUAGAGUUCGAUCCUUGCUCCCCUCACUUUCUAAUUAAAAAGUGGAAUUUAAUUAAGCACAUGGUAGGUGGGCCUGUGCAUUUAUCCACGCUUCAAGCCCAAAGGGCUCUUGCGUGAGGGAGCGUGUUAGAAUAUAAUAUAAAAUCAUUAAAGUGGCCCUUACCCAACAGCUUAAGCUUUUGGGAUUAAGUGGUUAUUUGACAUGGUCUAAUCAAUAUUCUUAUCAUAUUGGUCUUAUUGAAGAU